CCGGCCGGGGCGGGACACUCUGCUUUCCCCGGCCCGGGGCGAGAGAGCUGGGGCGCAUCUUGGCCCAGCCUGCCCUCGGGAGGCACCGUGACGCCCUGCGUUUCCUCGACCUCGGGGCUCCUCCGUCCCGUGAGGGCAGGAAACCGGCCCCGCCGGCCUGGGGGAGCCCCAGCGGGUACUAACCUGACCAGCUCAAGACAAAAGCUAAGAGGAACAUACUAAAAUGUCACCUGAAGUUGCCUUGAACAGAAUUUCUCCAGCACUCUCACCCUUCAUUUCCAGUGUGGUCAGAAAUGGAAAAGUAGGACUGGAUGCUACUAAUUGUUUACGGAUUACAGACUUGAAAUCUGGCUGCACAUCCUUGACCCCUGGACCUAGCUGUGAUCGGUUUAAGCUACAUAUCCCAUAUGCUGGAGAAACACUCAAAUGGGAUAUAAUUUUCAAUGCUCAUUAUCCUGACCUACCACCAGAUUUUAUCUUUGGAGAGGAUGCUGAAUUUUUGCCAGAUCCUUCUGCCUUGCAUAAUUUAGCUUCUUGGAAUCCUUCUAACCCUGAAUGCCUCCUGCUUGUUGUGAAAGAGCUUGUACAGCAGUAUCACCAAUUUCAGUGCAGCCGAUUGCGUGAGAGCUCUCGCCUCAUGUUUGAAUAUCAGACUUUACUUGAAGAACCCCAGUAUGGAGAAAACAUGGAAAUCUAUGCUGGCAAAAAAAACAACUGGACUGGAGAAUUCUCAGCUCGCUUCCUCUUGAAGUUGCCUGUAGAUUUCAGCAAUAUUCCUACAUACCUUCUCAAGGAUGUGAAUGAAGAUCCUGGUGAAGAUGUUGCACUUCUCUCCGUUAGUUUUGAGGAUGCAGAAGCUACUCAGGUUUUUCCUAAGCUGUACCUCUCCCCACGUAUUGAACAUGCACUUGGAGGAUCAUCUGCCCUUCAUAUCCCAGCCUUUCCUGGUGGAGGUUGUCUUAUCGACUAUGUACCCCAAGUAUGCCAGCUGCUAACAAACAAGGUACAAUAUGUUAUUCAGGGAUACCAUAAGAGAAGAGAAUAUAUUGCAGCUUUCCUGAGUCACUUUGGAACUGGUGUCGUGGAAUAUGAUGCAGAAGGCUUCACAAAGCUUACUCUGUUGCUGAUGUGGAAAGAUUUUUGCUUCCUUGUUCACAUCGACCUACCCCUGUACUUUCCUCGAGACCAACCAACCUUAACAUUUCAGUCUGUCUACCACUUCACUAACAGUGGCCAGCUGUACUCCCAGGCCCAGAAGAAUUACCCUUACAGCCCCCGCUGGGAUGGCAAUGAAAUGGCCAAAAGAGCAAAGGCAUAUUUCAAAACCUUUGUCCCUCAGUUCCAGGAGGCAGCAUUUGCUAAUGGGAAGCUUUAGGCAGCCUCAAACACAGAGACGAUACUGGACAGAUCCUUCAGUCUGCGUGUGUCAGCACACAAGAAGAAUGCCUGGAAAUGGGUUGGACUCUCUUGAUAGGUGCUUUCAUGCCUCUGAAAUGGUUUUGGUAGCUUCAGGUUUUGUCAGAUUUCAAAAACAAAGACCUCAGUAGCAUGCUUAAAACUGAAUAUUUGAUAUUCAUCCUGUCCCUUUGCCUCUGCCACCAUCAUUUCUUUAUAUAUCUACUGGAUUAAAUUUAAAAGAGUGUGUUUUGAUGUGAUAACAUUUUCUUGUGCCAACAGUGUCCUGUAUGUUAUGCCUUGUUUCCUUGCCUUCAGAUGGUGUAAAUUGGAUUUUUUUUUUUCCACAGAAAUACGAUGUAAUUUGUAUAUUUAGUUAACAUUUCCAGCUUAUCCUAAGAAAAUACAAAACUGCCGUAUGUACCAGGAAUGCCUAAUGGACUGUACAGUGCCAUAUUCUGCCUUGGAGGUUUGCGUCUCACUGUGGUUGUUACUCUCAGAGGUAUGGAUAUGAGUUGCACAGUUCUAUUCUCAGUGCCUUUCAAGUUGGUCUGAUAUUAGUAUGGCAGGGUGUCGGAGAUUUUUUUUUUUUUAAUAUUUCAGUUGAAAGCUCAUCUUAUAGAAAAUGCUUUGCUUUUAUGCUUUGUUUUUAUUUCCAGUUGCACAACAAUUUCAGUGUUUUUCUAAUGAACUCCCCUUGCCAUUACAAAAAGUUCUACUUCUUUAGUACCAAUGUGCAAGGAACUAAUUAUAUAAAUCAGUACAACAAAAAUAAAGCUCUUUCAUAAGCCUGUAGUUUUUCCAAGUAAGAUAAAUACUGCUAAGAAGCAAAACUUCUACAAAAGAAUGAAAGAUGUAUUGGAAAAUACCUGAUGAAAUAGUGUACUGCAAUAGGUAUUUAGCUUAAUGCUAAAGUUCAACGUGUAUUCUCAGAAAUAAUUUUAAGUAUAGAUAACUGGAAACAUUACCUCCACUAAUUCUGAAAUGCCAAAUGCAAAAUCCCGCCUAUUCAUCCUUUCUUUCACGCUUGUGUCAGGCUCACCAGUUGGGGCUAACUGUCACAAUGUCACUUCUCAAAUUAAUUUGUAAAUAGACCAGGGUACUUUCCAGUAAGGAAUAAAAUUAACAGUGUAUGUUGCUUACAAAUGGCAUAUGGAAAAUGUGCCCUACUUCUGCUAAAUAUAAGGAACUAAAUGAAUAGUAUGCAGAUGAUACAGUGGCACUGCAAAACAUUUAAUUUAGAAUUAUUCACCAUAGCACCACUAUAUGCUUAUGCAAUGAAAUCUCAUCAAAUUAUUUGAUUGGCAAUAUUCUCCUACUCUCCUACCCUUUCUAAAACUUGUUAUUUUACAUUAAAAAUAGUGCUUUCCAGGGGAAUGUCCACCUAGAAAAUGCAGAUGGGUUUUGAGCAGUGAAGCUUAAUAAUUAAGAAUUAUGCAAAUAAUUUGCCUCUAGAAACUACAGGGUUUUUUAGUUUAUUGACAAAAUGUUAGUUUAUGUUUAAUACUGAAGUUCUUGGCUGGAAAUUAAGCUGCAAACAAAAUCAGAAGCCUUACUACAAAUCUACAGAGGAGGGGGCAUACUCUGUCCUGUGACCCACCACCACCUUGUGACUCUCUCUGCGUUAUCUGAGGGUUGUAAACAGCUCCAAAGGUCUGAGCCUGAAUUCCCUGUGUGAAGGCAUUGCGCUAGGUUUCUGCAUGCAAACCAAGACUUGCAGCAGAUGCAGAGGGUAAUGGUUUUAUGUGAAUAGCAAAAUAGUGACUGAACACCCUUAAAUGACUCAAAACACACAUUGUUCAGUAUACCGGGAUGAUCUCACAUCUGCAUUUCUUCAGGUACAAGUCAAAGCCACACACACAUCUUCAAGAACAAGCUAACUCUUGUGAAUGGGGUGGGAGAAGGAGGAGGGCUAACAAAAAGCAUUUGUUCUCAUAUUGUUCAAAAUCUGAUAGAAACCAUCUCAGGCAUCUUCAGAAGGUAAAAACCAAACCCUCAAUUGCAUCAGCAGAUUCCUGGAGUUUUACAUUUUAUACCCUUUGCAUGGCUAGCAAUUGCAAAGUGUUUCGAAAAGAUGUUCACUCUUCAGAAUUAAUGGGCACUUUCAACCAAAAAUGCAUCCAUCACAUCAGUCCUAGUAAUUUUGGACAAAGGUCUGCUUUAUUAUUAAAGGACUAAGAGUUUUAGAAGCCAUGUAAGAAAAGACUAUGAGGAUAUAAAAAACCCAAACCAGCAAUUUGUUAUGUUGAAUUCAAUAGUUUCACCAACUUUUCACUAUCAUAUAUGGAAAUGAACCAAUGAUUUCAGUCUAAUUUUACAUCAUGGUAUAACCGGUAGUAUUUGAAAAAAAAAAAAAAAAAAAAAAAAAGGUAGAAGAGUUUAGAAAUUGGGCUGUUUGUGUUUAAGAUGAAGUCUGUGAGCCUAUAAAUUUUUAGCUUAGAAGAAGAGAUAUUUUUCUUACGCUUACUGAACAUUUUCUUUAUUUCAAAGCCACUCUGCACUCUUUGACCUGCACAGUCUUUUAUGGAGCCUUUUCAGAUAGUUCUCAGAAGAAUGUAUUGGGGAUGUUAGCACUACAAAUGCGGUAUUGGGAGGGAAAACAUGGAAAUGAGUGAACUCUUCUCUCUGGGAGUAUUACCACAUAAAUACUACAUCAGAAAAGAGAGUUAGUUUGGAUAAUUUUAUAUCGAAUCAAGUAUUUGUUGAAGGCAUUAGUCACAAAAGUUGUAAUCUAAUAAAUUGGAGUUAUUUAUGUUAUCUCCUGCAUCAUGAUAACAUCCAUUGUGGCCAGUUUAAUGGCAAUGAGGCUUUCAGCACUUUCUUUCCUAUUAUGUGAUACAUGCAAAUGAAAGGAGCAGUCAGACCUAGACUAGUUUCUUUCUUUGGUUUAUGAGAACGACAAAACAGGAGAAAAAUAGCAAUGCUACAAACAUAUCGAAAAGUCUAAAUUCUACUCUGUCAUAAGUGAAAGAGUGCAGUAAGUCUCAAGUUACUAAGACCCACUAAUGCAUGAUUUUCCAAAGGUCCUUAAAGUACAAACUUACAGUCAAGCCUUUAUUCAUCUGCAUAUGUAAUCCACUGUGCUAUAAGUAAUACCAAAUCUUUCGGAUUCAAAGUUCAACUUUUUGUGAACUUGCUGGAAAGACUGGACAAGCAGCUGGAAGAAUAAAUAAAAGUUAAUGAUACCAUA